AUCGCACUUUUUUUCCAGUGGACAAAGCUGUUUGGUUUCUCAGAAAACUAACAACUUUCCCACUUUGGAAUUUUCUUUACCUUACCUAAGAAGGGUAUUAAUUUGAUUCUUGUGGGAAGGAAGAAGGAUCAAGAAUGGCGAUUUCGAUUUCUGCUAUGAGUUUUGGAACCUCAGUUUCUUCAUAUUCUUGUUUUAGAGCUAGGAGUUUUGAGAAGUCAUCAGUUUUAUGCAAUUCCCAGAACCCAUGUCGGUUUAAUUCUGUUUUUCCGAUUCGGAAAUCUGAUGGGGCUUCACGGUGUUCUGUUUCUAGGAAAUCAUGUAGAGUUCGAGCAACGUUGUUACAAGAGAAUGAAGAAGAAGUGGUUGUGGAGAAAUCUUUUGCACCUAAGAGUUUUCCUGAUAACGUGGGAGGGGGAAGUAAUGGGAAGCCACCAGAUGAUUCAUCCUCUAACGGUCUAGAGAAAUGGGUUAUAAAGCUUGAGCAGUCUGUAAAUAUCUUACUCACGGAUUCAGUGAUAAAGAUUCUUGACACUUUGUAUCACAACCGAAACUAUGCGAGGUUUUUUGUUCUGGAAACAAUUGCAAGGGUUCCUUAUUUUGCAUUUAUAUCGGUUCUUCACAUGUAUGAGAGCUUUGGCUGGUGGAGAAGGGCAGAUUAUAUGAAAGUGCAUUUUGCUGAAAGCUGGAAUGAGAUGCACCAUUUGCUCAUUAUGGAAGAAUUAGGGGGAAAUGCUUGGUGGUUUGAUCGAUUUCUUGCACAACAUAUAGCUAUAUUCUAUUAUUUCAUGACAGUCUUGAUGUAUGCUUUGAGCCCGAGAAUGGCAUAUCAUUUCUCUGAAUGUGUGGAGAGCCAUGCAUACGAGACUUACGAUAAAUUCAUCAAGGAUCAAGGAGAGGAAUUGAAGAAUUUGCCCGCUCCAAAGAUUGCAGUGGACUACUACACGGGAGGUGACUUAUAUUUAUUUGAUGAGUUUCAAACUUCACGAGAGCCUAAUACUCGAAGACCAAAAAUAGAUAAUCUCUAUGACGUAUUCAUGAACAUUAGAGAUGACGAAGCAGAGCAUUGUAAAACGAUGAAAGCCUGUCAAACUCACGGGAGCCUUCGUUCUCCACACACAGAUCCAUGCGAUGAUUCUGAAGAUGAUACAGGGUGUUCCGUACCUCAAGCUGAUUGUAUAGGUAUCGUGGAUUGUAUAAAGAAGUCAGUCACCGAUACUCAAGUAACCAAAAGGUAGGAAAAGGAAAAACGCGGACAAACUAUACUUGUAUAUACUAGUAUAGACAAAAAAAAAAAUACAAAGAUAUAGGUACAUGUUGUAUCUUUUUGUCUGAGGUAGAGAUGUUUUGGAAAGUUUUCAAGGCAAAAUACAUAGUUUACCUCAUGUAAGCUCUCCUUACUAAGAUUGUUUUUAUAUUUAGAAUUUGUACCCGAAACCUGUUAUAGGUGGAUGGAUCUUGACAACUUUUGGAUAUAUCGACUCCAUGAGCUUUUUACACACGCAA